AGGUCAAGAAUCAAAUAUAACCAGUCAAUCGUGUUUUUAAUUCAACAUUGAAUGACAUUAUACUGAAACGAACUUGGUACCUACAAUGAUUUUAAAGUGCAGUGCUGUAUAUCUUAUUGCAUUAAUACUUAUAAUUCAAUUAGAAAAACACACUGCUGCAUGGUGUCGAACAACAAACGAUCACAAAAACCAUACAUGUGACGGGUUCCGCUUUCGUGAAAUAGUAUUAUCCCGGUCUACAAAGUUGGACUUGCUCCGAACCAGAAUUUACAACUGUAAAGAAACCGAGAUAAAAGAAGGCGCGCUUGUUUCUCUACCAAAGUUGGAAAACCUAACGAUUUCCUGCAAGAGUAUUCAAAAUGUGCACGAAAAAGCAUUUGUAAACUAUGGUAACCUACAGGAAUUGGACUUGGGCCACAAUCAGUUAUCUACACUCCCUAACAAAGUGUUUCAACCUCUCGGAAAUUUAAAAACUCUGAACUUAACGGGGAAUAGCUUCGGAGAUUUGCCGCAAAUGAUUUUUGACGGUUUAGGUGGCUUAAGGGAGUUACUUCUUUCGCAUAAUAAAAUUACUAAUUUUCACGUGAAGGUUUUUGACGCAAUCAGAGGAGUACAGAAAUUAAGUCUCGACCAUAAUCUCAUAAAUUUCUUACCUAAUCGACUACUCACAAAGCUCAGAAAACUGCAGUACUUAGAUUUAUCUAACAACCAAAUUGAAAACUUUAGCGAAUUCUUUGUGCUCGCAUUUCAACUUCGGUAUUUAAAUUUAUCGCACAACGCAAUCGAAGGCCUACCUUUGCGAGCCUUUCAAACAACCCGCUUGGAGGUUUUAGAUUUGUCAAACAACAAACUAACCGUAGUAUACGAAGACGCUCUGCAGUUUAAAACACUACAGGAACUGUACCUGCAAAAUAAUCAAAUUAGUAUAUUUGAUGUUAGUGGAAUGAAUAUGGAAUACAUGCCGUUGCAAUUGCUGAACAUUGAAAAUAAUCGAUUAGUGUUUUUGGAAAGUGACUUUAUGAACACUGCGAGUAAUUUAAGGGAAUUAAACACAUUUAUGAACCCUUGGGAUUGCGCCUGUUUAGAAGAGAUUGAAAAAAUACAUCACAAAGUGAUAGUGAGACCCGAAGACUAUGAUGGCCCUCUUUGUGUGUCAAGCACGUCGAAUGAUUGUAGUGUUGAUAGGAAUAAUUUGACUGUGUAUUAUAAUGCAUUUGUAAAACAGUUAGAACUCUACUUUGAGAAUAAUACUUCACCUAUAGUCCCCAUAUACGAUUAUAAAACCAGUUUUUCUGUAACAAAUUUAACCAUGCAUAUUGUGGUCAUUCCUGUUAUAAUUAUUAUUUUCCUACAUUCAACUGUGAAUGCUGGUUGUGUACGAACAAAUGAUCAAAAAAAUUACACCUGUUCAAAUUUUAGGUUUUAUCAACUACGAAGCUCGCCAAAUCAGAAGGAAAAGAUAUUACGAUCAACAAUUCAAAACUGUCAAGAAGAAGAAAUUCCCGAAAAGGUCUUACCAUUCCAAAAUUUGGAAUAUUUAACGAUUUCUUGCGCUACAAUAAAUGUGGUAAAUAAAAACGCAUUUGCCAACUUACAACUGUUACGCGAGCUCAAUUUAGCAAACAACGCAAUUUCGGACUUUCCAAACGAUAUCUUUGAAUCGCAACAGGAAUUACAGAAACUAAAUUUAUCCGAAAACAAUUUUGUCACGAUACAACAAAACCUAUUUAAAGGACUACGACAAUUAACAUCUCUUUCACUCUCUCAUAAUAAGUUAUCUGAUUUCGAUAUGAAUUCCCUUCGAGAAAUUACACAAAUUAAAGAAUUAUUUCUUCAUAAUAACGAAAUUAGUUUUCUUCCACUAAAAAUGUUCCAUGCAUUAAAACAGCUUGUUAGGCUUCAUCUCUCGCAUAACAAAAUUGAAACAGUCGAAGGGAUAUUUAUGUGGAUGUACGAACUGAAAUAUUUAAAUUUAUCUCACAACGUUAUUAAGAGUGCACUAUCUCAGAAUCUUCACAACACCCAGUUGGAAAUACUUGAUCUGUCAUUUAACGAAUUAACCGUUAUUUACGAGGAUUCCUUUCCGCUUCAAACUCUUGAGGAAUUACACUUGCAGAAUAACAAAAUUCAUAUCAUCGAGAUAAAGGGAGUCGACCAUUUUCCAUUAAAGGAAUUAGAUGUACGAAACAAUAGACUGGUUUUCUUAGAAGAUGAGUUCAUUACAAAAGCAACUUCUCUAGAAACGUUACAGGUUGAAAACAAUCCAUGGGACUGCAAGUGUUUCGAACGUAUGGCACUGUUACGCGGUAACUUUUCUUUGGACUUAAGUCAACCAUAUCGAGAUGGAGAAGAACCAAUAUGUGUAACUGAGAGCGCCGACACAUGUAAUCUACAUAGAGACAAGCUAAAUAGGUACUAUGAAAUUCUCGCAAGAUAUUGGACGUUACGUUGAAGAUUUUCUGUAUGAAAUUUGAACAUGAAAUGUUUGUGCAUCAAUAAAUUAAUUUAAAUUGAGUUGAAUAAAUCAUAUUUGUUCAAACAUACUCUCCUACACAAUAUAGUGCAAAUAGAGCAAAAUAAACACUUUAUGGGAUCUGAUUAAGAAAUAUUGUAGUACUAUAGUUAAGCUAAGAUCUUUAC